AGAUGUCGAUAUUAUGUGAUUAGCAUUUAGCACACUAUUUAGUGUUUGUUUAUGAAAAGUAAAAACCAUUUAAACACAUUAAUUAGUAUUCCUUUAAAAAAUGUUAAUUCAAAAGGUUCGACCCCUGUUUGGGGCUAUUUUAAGAUCUUCCUUUCAAGGGGAUUCCAAAUAUUUGUCCCGCUCGAGCAUAGUAUACCAUAAAGCAGCAUAUGAGGGUGAUGGCAAGACAACAGUCCGUAUUAUCAAUCAGGAUCCUGACCUCGGACUCAUUAUAGACUCAUACGGCACAUUUGGCUUUCGCCUCAACAAUGGUCUUACUGUGCUGGGACCUAUGGCUAUAUUUCCAAGGACAGUCUUAUCUUGGCAAAUUCACAGUUCAAAUAACAUCACAGCUGAUUCACUCACAUUGUUCAGAUUGCUGGAACCUAAAGUGGAUCUUGUGAUAAUAGGACUUGAAACGAAAGACCGUAAAGUGUUAAACUCAGUGUUCCGUGCCAGUCGUGAAGCAAAACUGAAUGUAGAGAUUUUACCAACUGAACAUGCCUGUGCAACCUUUAACUUUCUCAAUGCGGAAAGCAGAUCAAUAGCAGGUGCUUUGAUCCCACCGUUGCACAUUGACGCAAACGAAGACGACAUGCUCAACAGCAAACUGCACUACGGGAACCUGUACAACCGUCGGGAUGACUUUUAGACAUUGUAUUUGUAAAAUUUUUGAGAAUCAAAAUUUAUGACCACAUAGAUUAAACUAUUAUGUAAUUUUAGACAAAUACAUUUUGUGGUCAUAAAUUUUGUAUGGUUUUAUUACAUUUAUUUCCUGUAAUGUUCAUAACAAAACCUUAAUUUCAUGGUAAAAAUAUAAUAUGUUCUGUAUUAGAUUGUAGAUUUAGAAUAUUACGUUGUAGAUUUAAUUGUUAAGAUUUAGGUAAUUGUAUCAAAUUAAUAUGUAAAUAU